CAGACAAUGAAGUUUCGAAUUUGAAAAUUCGCUCAUCAUCGGAGGACACGCACCCCCCUCCCACAGUCUCUCUUCUACAGUUCUAUAUAUCCAUCCAUCCAUCUGCCGAAUCAUUUAUAUAUGAUAGUUGCAUUCACCUCUCCACUUCUCAGCCAAGAGAAAUAAUCUGACGAUCCAACGAAUGACUGCCUUCCUUCUCAGCAGUAGCAGCAGGCCUAAUGCAACACCAUCACAAUAAAUGCGAGCAGGAAGAACUCGAUGCCAAAGGCCAUAAUUUACUCAGAGAUGGUUUGCGAUGCCGUUAUAGUAGCCGCGACAAUUUUGCGCGGUCGAGUAACCAAACAGGUUUGAUGUCUAUCGAUCUCCUGAAUACAUAUUGGGGAAGUGUAGUUUCCGAAUCAGAAUCCAGCUAUAUACAGAGCUUUGUAUCCACAGAUUCAGAGCGGAGACAAGAGCAAGAAAUCCUCGCAUCAUCGAUGGCACCGGCUCGAGCAAUCGGCCAAUAUUUGAUGCAAGAACCUCGACAAGAUCAUAUUGCAACCUCGGAUGCAGUCUACUCGUAUUCUUGCAUCGAACUGCCUCUCAGGGAUGGUGCUCCGUCGAAUACUAGUCAACCACAGUUGAUGUAUCCUGCCGUACAAUGUGGCGCGCCCGUUGAUCACGGAGUGACUCCGUCGCCGUCCAUGGUGUUUCCGGAGGAGCCGGUGUACGUGAACGCAAAGCAAUACCACGGGAUUCUAAGGAGACGGCAGCUGCGCACGAAGGCAGAGUUGGAAAACAAAGUUUCAAGAAUCAGAAAGCCUUAUCUCCAUGAAUCGCGGCAUUUACACGCCGUGAGACGGGCCAGAGGAUGCGGGGGUCGAUUCAUCAACACAAAGAAGAACAGCAACAGCAACAGCAACGACGAGUGCAAUAAUGGCGCUGGCAAGGAUUCUGGUGGCCGGUCCUCGUUGGAGUCGGAUGCGCGGCCACCGGGGAUGAGCCAGGAGGAGGUGUCGCUUGAGGAGAACAAGGGCGUCGAGUUCUUCCAGUGGAAAGGGUUCUUGUCCGACUGACUGGCCGGCGUCGCAUGGCAUGGCAUUGUAAGAAUUUCGUAUUUGUGUACAUAAUAUAUGUAUAUAUAUAUAUAUAUACAUAAGUAAUGUCACGCUGGUCAUCA